CGAAGAAGAACAAGAAGCGCUGGCAAGCUCCACAUCGGUUAUCGAACAACAAGGGAAAUGCAGGACACGUGGAUCCUUGACAUUCUUCUCAUCAUCAUCAGGAUUUAUGCCAGACGGUGGGCCCUCGUUCACGCGUACAGACUUCUGCGAGGCCUGGGCUUCGAGUCCUAUGGAAUCCGACCUGGAUCCGCAGCAACUUGGUUCCACCGGCGCUGGCCGGAACGAGUAGCUCGCGGAAGCUACUUCUCGACGCUGCAGCGGUGGGGCCGAACGGGCAUUCCAUACUGGACGGAAGCGGCAAUAAUGCUCAUUGCCGCUGAAAUGACUGAGAUUAUUUUCAAAAUUGUGGUGGUCGUUCUGAAUGGUCGUUGACUCUAAUAAAGCU